UACCUGACUACCUGAGAUCGUUUGGCGGGAAGAUAACCACUAACCACGUGUUAUUUAUGUUGUGCCUUGGGAAUCUUGGGAUAUAUCUUCGAGUUAAAGAUCAGUGACAUUUUAUUGUAAAAUAUCAACAUGCUUCAAGAUUAUCUCUUGAAGCACCACACGAAAGACUUGGAAGACAUAUUAAAUGCUACAGAGGCUCACUUAUUUUAUUCGAUAUACGUAAACUUCGUGUCAUUAUUUGAGGCUGAUGCAGAGAGUGCACAGAAAAUCUUACGUAAUCCUAAACACUAUUUACCACUGUGUAAUGAGGCAGCAGUAAAAGCUCAGGAACAACUAUGCAAAACUCAGCAAAUAGUAAAGACCAGGGUUCACAUUCGAAUUACCGCAGCACCAUUAAAAAUCGACGUGGGUAAAAUUGGUGAGCUAGUUUCGACAUCCGGAAUUGUGGUACGCAUGUCUCAGCCCACAGUUAUGAAAUUGAAGAAACGUUUUGUCUGUAGAAAAUGCAAGCAUAUUAAUAUAGUGAAAUUAGAAUGGGAAAAACAAUUGUUUAGAAAUAUUAAAAGUUGCGAAUCAUGUCGUUCUCAAGGUGUGACAGCUUCAACGUCUUUAGAACAAGACGAUUGUUCUGAUUACCAGGAAAUAAAGAUUCAGGAUAAAUGUAAAACAGAUACAAGGAGUUGCUAUUCGGUGGGUCUGCAAGUAGUUUUGUUGGAUGAUCUUGUUGACAAAUGUAAACCUGGAGACAAUGUAGAUGUCAGUGGAGUAGUUAUACGAAAAUGGGGCACGUUGAAGGUUGGCCAUCGCGCGGAAGCUACGACGUUCCUGAUGGCAAAUAGCAUUUCUGUACGCAGGAAAAUCACUGACGCAACGUUCUCUACAGGAGAAAUAAAAGACACUUUUAGAGCGUAUUGGGAACAUUAUCGAGAGAAUGCGUUAUCUGGCAGGGAUAAUAUUCUCGCCUCUAUUUGUCCACAAUUAUAUGGGAUGUAUAUUGCGAAAUUAGCGUUGGCCGUUGUGCUGUGCGGUGGUGUGACGAAAACUAAUGAAACGGGAACGCGUAUAAGAGGUGAGCCUCAUCUUCUUCUGGUCGGUGAUCCUGGCACUGGCAAAUCACAAUUGCUUCAUGUUGCGUCUCGACUGACUACCCGGUCUGUCUUUACAACCGGUGUCGGAAGCACUGCCGCUGGACUUACAGCAGCUGCUGUCAAAGAUUCGGACGGUUGGCAUUUAGAAGCCGGAGCUCUAGUGCUCGCAGACGGAGGUGUGUGUUGCGUGGACGAGUUCAUAACAAUGAGUUCGCAUGAUAGAACCUCUGUACACGAAGCGAUGGAACAGCAAACGAUCUCCAUCGCCAAAGCUGGCAUGGUGAGCACGCUAAACAGCCGCUGUUCCGUUAUUGCAGCCAUCAAUCCAGACGGUGGAUGUUUCACAGGCGAAGAAUGGAAAACCUGCUUGGGAAAUCCUCUUUUGUCGCGCUUCGAUCUGAUUCUUCUUCUAAGAGACACUAGAAAUCCCGAAUGGGACAGAUUGACGUCGAUUCACAUUUUGAAAGCUGCCUGUGAAGACGAAGAAAACAAUUCAUAUUCCGAAGCGUAUAUGGGUCCUUUGAAUUUAACGGGCUUAUGGUCGGAAGAGACUCUCUGCGAAUAUUUCGCACACGUGCGUGCAUUAAAGCCAACGCUAACCGAAGACGCAAAAAAGAUACUCAGUGAAACUUAUCUUCAUCAUAGAUCAGACCCGUAUAGAAAGCCUGAGAGAACGACAGUGCGACUCUUAGAUAGUCUUAUCAGAUUAGCUGAAGGCCACGCAAAACUCAUGUACCGAACUAAAGUAGAGGUCAUUGAUGCUGUGACUGCAGCAGAAUUGGUUGGAACUACACUAUUAAAUAGUUCCGAUGCCGGUUGUCCAUUUCCAACAGAUCCAAUAGCAACAUAUCAUUUAAAAGCAAAUGACUUACUCAAAAGGCUUAAUUUACAGGAAUUGGAACCAUACAUAUAAAGACGUAACUUGCCAAUAUAUCACAAUCGAGAUUAAAAAUUAUUUAUUUUUAAAUUAAUGAUAUUUUUAUGAUAACUAUCUGUUAGACUUGAUAAUCUUCAUAAAACUUCACAUUUGAUGAUUUCGCAUCGAAAAUUUUAUAUCUAAUAUUUAUGAUUAUAUCUUUAAAAAUUAUUUUUAAA